AUGACCACCAUUUUGGAGGACAAGCUGGAUCAGCUCGGCCAUCUUAUGGAUGUAUCAUCAGCGCAGUUUUCAAAAUCUCGUGCAUCAGUGCUCGAGCCUGCCUAUGAUGCCUACCUAAAUGCCAAAAAUCUGCGAGACAGAGCACCACCCCCCUCGCUCCUACACAUCCUACCAUCAGUCGACAUCUCGAUAAAGCUUUCGCGCUGCAAAAAGACAACUAAAACGACAGACUUGGAGAUCACCAGAAAAUCAGACCCCCUGGACGAUAACUUCAUGGGUUAUUGCAAAGAGCAAAAGUGUGUGGUGUUCAAGGGCGAGGGCGGGUUGGUCGACAAGUUCAUCGAUGUCAUCGAGUCUGCCGCCGGAAAGACUCAAAUCGACAACGUAACCUUUGUUUUGAAAGCACCAAGCGAGAUCCGAAUACCAUUCGGAGGUCUGGAAUAUGGACUCAAGUACGAAGAAUUCAUCCAUCGUGUCGAAGUGCUCCAGUGCGCCGUGUGGAUUAGAAACUCACCAAGCGAACAAGACGAAGGGGGUGAACGCUUUGUCAAUGCCGCCAACGCCUCACGAACUCCUCCACCAAGCACGCCUGAGUACACACCUAUGUCUCCUGAUGCUCAGCUCGCACACCGCACCGACCCCGAACACCAAAACUCGCCAGCUCAGGAAAUGGAUACUGACAGUCCUCUAUCUUCAUGCGGAUCGUCUCUACCCCCACCCACGCCUAUGGAUCAAGACGAAACAGAGUCAAAUAGCGAUACCAGUUCAUUAUCACCUCCUCCCUCGGUCAUCCAUACUCCACCAUGGCUCAGAAGUGACGACGAGGACGACAGCGACUACGAUGACGACGCAUAA